AUAAAAGUAGGUAGGUAGGUACUUAAUAUAAAGGAAAAAGAAAUUAAAUAAUGCAACUAACUGUCCUUAAUUUAUUUAAGCUACAAUAUUAAUUAUAACUAAACGUUGAAAAAGUAUUUUUAAUCUGUUCUGUAGACCUACUUGUCAUUUUUUCAUUAAUUCAUUUCGUAAUUCGUAAUGCGCCAAAGUGAGAUGAGAUUGAGUUGUGACUAAAUAUCAAGUGAUUUCUUACUAGAAUUUAGUGUAUAUGAAUUUAUCGUCCUACGAAUCUUACGAGUGCAAAAUCGAACAUAUUUCUAGUGAACAAACAAAUUGUGAUCAUUAUUUUAAACAAAGGAAUCAGUGUGUAUUUGUUAAAGGACAUACUACACCAUAACAAUACUAUCAUUUGUGAACCAAAGCGACGGUCGCCGUCGCUGUCCGUAAGAUGCGUUCGCUGCUGGCGUACUACGCGGAGGCAGUGAUGACAGCAGCCGCGCGAGGCGCCGGCUGCGCUUUGGGCUGCAGCGGCAGAGGGGACUGUAUGAACGGGACAUGCCUGUGCGAGAUACGGUACGCCGGGGACGAGUGUGCCGCGCCGAACCUGCCGUACCAUGCCUGUAUUGGCGGCGUGUUCCUCCUGGUCGCGUUCGUGUGCGCCGUCCAGCUGACAAUCUGCGUGGUGACAGAGUACAGGCGGCUGAAGGCGCCAACCUUUCUGCGGGCCUGCAAGGUCACUACGCAGAAGAUGCUUUACCUCGUCGCGUUCUUAGCUUCACUGAUUAGAGGGGCUUACUUCGUGUCCCCGUCAGCGUUCCAAGAGGGAUGGGCAACGAGUCUACUCUCAGCGUACUACCCCCUCCUCAUGUCCGGGUCUUCACUGAUCGUUUGCUUUUGGGCUGAGGUGUUCCACCUUCGCGACAUCCGCUGGGAGAGGCCGCGGUUCCUCUCGAAGUCGUUCCUCGCGUUCGUGACCUUCAACGUGAUCAGUUACUCGCUGCUGGCGGCCGAGGUGCUCACCACCAACGUCGCUAACACCUCCGCUGAGAAGAAGAGUUUCUACCAGCACGUGUUCAACGGCUGCUACGCGGUGCUCUUGUUCAUUGUCGUCAUCUUCUUCCUCAUCUACGGCGUCGAAGUUUACUUCAAGCUCCGAGGCGAAUUCGUGAAGGAGACCAAGGUGUGCACGAUCAUAUCUCCCCGCGCCGGGCCGUCCACCGCUGCCGAGGGCGAUGACGUCCAGGAUACGUUGGUCACCAAACAGGGCAUCCAAACAGAUUUGACGGACAGUGAUGGCACGAUCGACCCUCGUUCAGUGAACCAGUCGCAACUGCAGCAGUCCAGGGUGGGGCUGGUCAGCCAGGCCUUGAUGCUGAUACUUAUCGCUGGCUUCUUGGCCUCGGAGACGCUCAGCGAGUUCUGGAAAGCCAAAGUGCCAGUAGUAUCACGCAACUGGCACGACCUAGUGUUCCGCUUGGCGGAGAUAGGAGUCGCGCUAUGGUUCCCCUGCGUCCUAUGGAACUCCAUGGCUCCGGAGCGUCUGUGGAUACUGAACCCUCGCCGGUUGCUCGCGAGGCAGCUGGACGAUGCGAAGCUAUCGGACCUGCUUCAACACCAUCGAGAUGCCAAGACUUUGGUGUUGUUUUGGCGUGUACCGUUGGUAGAGAAAGCGAGUCUCUUCUUCGCCGUGGUCAGUUACUGGCGCUGGCUGCUGAUGAGGGUAGUUCUCGUGACUGUCUUCAGACCGCUGCCCUUGGAUAAUGUUCAGGUCCCGAACGUGGAGACGGACUCCCUGGUGGGCAGCGUGGGUUCAGGUCGUGACUGCUGGAUCUGCUACGACGGGUCGCGACCGGAGCCCCUCAUCCGGCCUUGCCGGUGCACUGGCGACGUCUCCGCGGUGCACCACGACUGCCUCCGGCGGUGGCUGGUCGAGAGCGCGGCGACACCUGACGGUCUCAAAUGCAAAGUAUGCAACACUCCAUAUAUCGUUCAGGAGACCAACAGGGUGGAAUGGGAGCGCGGGUUCACAUGCGCACACUGGGCGCGCACGGCGCUGGCGGUGGCGUGCACGUGCGGCGCCGGCGCGGCCGCGUGGCUGCUCGUGCAGCUCUUCCAGUCCCCCGUCGUGCGCGUGCUGGCCGCCGGCGCCGCCUUACUCGUCUGCUACGUCGCUGUCAGGUUCCUCGGCAGCAACACGGUGACAGCAUACCAACGGGCCAAGGUUUCCUCCUUGAGAAUACUCACGGAACCCUUGGAUCAACCGGAACAAGGACUGUCAACGAUCAGCAAAACUGUCACCGUCGAUAUCACAGCUAAAUCCGUUCUCGACCGCGCACUCAAAGGAGAAGAGAAAUAAACCGGUUACAUCCAGUUAACACCAAUGACGAAAAGCGACAAAAACCGGUUUAAACUAGUCUCGAAAUUGUAUUGGCUGACGCGAUCGCUGAACAAACAGUGCUCGAAUGUGAAGUGUCAAAAACUGAAGAAAGUUUCGUUAUAAAAAUAAAACGGUUGUUCGUUAUUUUGUAUAAACUGUUAUUCCGCAUUGACGUUACUAUUGUGUAUUUUGCUUUAUUAUUAUUUCGUUAGUACAAAAACGGUGAUAACGCGAAUCGGAUACGUAAGUUUUAUGUUGUAUGAUUUUAUUUAUUAUUUGUUAUUAUUUUUUCUUAUUUCCUUUGACUUGUUUCGAUUCGAUCGUUGAUUCGAUUGUUUGUUAUACGAUUUCGCAUUUCUAGGCGGGUCGCGAUUGAAACUUAAUACCCGAGGUGUUUUUUUUUUAUCAAUCCUUUUUAUAGUUUUUCUAUUAUUUUUAUUGAUUUACGAUUCUAAUGUAUGCAUAUUGUAUAAUAGUAAUUUCACUUGAUUGUGUUUAAAUAUUUUUUGUAUCUAAAAGAUGUUCCUUACCGAUCUGUAUGGAAGCGCAAAGUCCCAACAGUGGGCACGAUUAAAUGGCUAAUAAUGACGAUUUCGAUCGAAAAGAAAGUAUUUUUAAAAUCAUUAACUGAUUUUGUUUUACUUGCCAAAAUAAAAACGCUCUUACUGGUCGCGUUUUGGUAAAAAAUUGUGUCGCUCUAAAAUUUAUAAUGCCAAAUUAAAAUUAACUAAAAGCGUUAUUUUCUGUAACGUAUACGACGUUACAGAAAAUAACGAUAAUAUAAACGAAAUUUUCAAUUGUGAAUAUUUUUCUUUUUUUAUAUUGUAAAAAUCUAUAUCAAUUUCUUAAAUGGAAUGUUCAAUGUGUUUGUCUGUUAUAUGUUUAUUUUAAAUAUUAUUUAAAUUUUAUAAAAUGAAAAAAAAAGAGUAAUUUUGAAUGAGGCUGGAUUUAUAUUUAAAUAUUAUUAAAAAGGUAAAAAAGUCUAUGGCGAACGAACAAGGGUGCCAAAGAGUUUUGCUUGGGACGAGUAUUCAUUAAUAAUUUAAAAAAAAGUGAAUAUGUGAAGGAAAUUGUAGAGCAAUAAGCACAUAAUAAAUAUUUUUUUAAAAAGGCAAAAUUAACUGAGUGUUCUUUUUUCAAUUAAGAUUUAUAAUUAAUUACUCUUAUAUGCAUUUCAAUAUCAUAAUAUGCAAUUUAGAAGAGUGUGUGAUUUUUAAAUUGUAGUCUUAAAAUACGCUGCAAUAAAAGUUUUACUUAAUGUCUGUGGCAAUAAGCACUUAAAUAACCAAUUAUUAAAUAAAAAUUCAAAUAUUUCUGUGGAAAAAAAAUAUAAAAAACGUAGAUGAUAGCGAAGGAGUAGACGCUAAUUUCUCAUUUCUUAUUAAGUUUCUAUAAGAAACUCUUGCUAUCACCAUCUAAGAAAUAAUAAAAAUUAAUAUAGUAAAUUAGUUAUUCCUAUCUUCCACGGGUCACUAGCAUCGAGAGCUCGCAGCUGAAACGACAUAACAAAGUAAUUUUCAUUCAAAUAUGAGCUUUAUGACGUCCAUUCAUCAAUACUUUAUGCCGGCUCGACACAAUCGCCGAACUCGGACAGACGCAGACGCGAAUUCAUGAAUAUUGCGUAGUUCGUAUGACGGAUUUUAUUUGCCAUAAAAAACCAGCAAUGUAUACCGAAUCCGUCAAGGAUCGGCUGUUUUGCGAUAAAACCGGUAUUAGGUAUUAUGAUAAAUGCAUUAAUAUUCCCCAAGCUUUACGACACAUCGCCUUUACGCUUAGCAUAUCAAUUUCUCGUCUAAAUGUAUCAUCUAUAGAAUAUUAUCGUGAGAAUGAAAUAUUUUUUAUAAUAAAACGCCAAAAUAGUUAAAAAUUAGAGUUUAAUUGUGUGCCGUAGUUAUAUCAUUCCCUAAAUAUUAUUGUAAAUAAAAUGAAGUGUUUAUUACGUUGUGGAUUUACAAAUUAUGUAAACUGCAGCUCGUUUUGCAUACCUAGCGGGGUUUUAAAGACAAAACCAUCAAUAAAAUCAAACAUUUGUAACAAUCAAAAGAAAGAAAUAGAUAUAUUUUAUUUCUAUCGAAGUUUGAAAUACAUUUUCUUUAUUAUUGUAAAGUAUAACAUCCAUAUAGAUAGAUAUUUGAAUCCAAAUAGGUAUGUGAAAUGAACGCAUACACGUAUUUUGAUCUUUCAUCUUAAUGUUACGAUUAAAUUCUUGCCGCAUAGUUUGUAAAGUCCAAAAAGGCCAAACGCCUGUUAACAUGUGGUAUCAGUGUUGCAAUUUGAAUUAAAAUGACACUACAUACAUAUAUGCCCAAAUGAUUGUGUAUGUAAUACAUGGUUUAACUCGUAUAUAUUUAUUAAAUGCAUUCGUGUACUUGUAAUUUUGAAAAAUACGAAUCGCGUUGGUAAGUCCAUAUUACAGUAUGUCAAGAAAGUGAAGAAGACUGAUUUUAAACGAACUGCCUACAUUUUUUUGCCAUUGCAAUAUCAAAUAGAAUGGUCAAGAUUGGUUUAUGAACGCCCCGUGAUCGUGUUGCCAGCCGACAGGAGACAGCGCAUCAUUUAAUUUCAUGACUUUCUUGACAGACUGUUAAAAAUUUGAUACAUGUUAACCGACUUUCGGCCUAAUAUUUUUCGUCAAUUAGUCCAUUCGAUACGACGUAUAUUUUGCUAUUUCAAUAUUAAUUGUAGAUUAGUCUCUUAGUAGGCUAGUGUUGUGAAUUCAUAGUAAAUUGCAGUAUUUUGCUAAAUAAUUUUCUUGAUGUUAUAAUUUUCUUAUAUGUGCUUAAAAUAAGAAAAUUAUUUAUUGAAAUAUAGAUAGGGACGUAAAGCGUUCAACUAAGGUAUAUUAAAAAUUAUAAAUGGCUAUAAUAAUUACUUUUAAAUCAUUUGACAUUUUGUGAAUUUGUUUUUUAUGCGUUAAAAUUAUUUUUUUUAAUCCCAGUAAAUUAAUAUUAAUUUAAAAAAUUUCGUCUAUGUAACUUUGACCAAUAUCAUUGUAAUUUUAUUGUUGAGAUUUGCAUAGAAUAAUCUAAAUUGCAAAUUUAUCAGAAAUUAUUUACUUUAAUGGUCUUAUUAAUAAAAAAUAAUCUGAUUAACUCUGGAAUCUCUUCUAUAUUCUUUGAAAGAACGAGACAAAACAAAAAAUUACAAUUUCGGACUUGAUCAAAGAUUUUUUUUUAUCUAUAAGACGGUUAUAUAUCAUCGAAUGAUCGACACUAAUAUCUCUUAUUUCGAUUGAAUAUUAUUGAUACCCAAUUGUUUGAGGAAAUAAAUACCUUGUUCUUAUGUCCUCACAUUUUGUCGAAUGUGAACAUGUAACAGAAUUAUUUUUUAUUCAAACUUUUCAAUUAUAAUCAUAUACCCGCUUAAGACAUCUCAGUUUUGCCACCAUACGGCGUCUUGUACAAACGUAUUUUAAAGUAAAUGUUAAAUUAAAUCUCAUGCUGUCACAGUUUAUUAGGAUUUACAUUUCGACUGUCUUGCUAAAGGCGCGGCAGCCAGCGGCGACAGUGCGGUCAGGGCUGUCACAAAAUAUAAAAACCUGAUGACCUUGAUUUUUAUUCCAAUGUGUAAUAUCUCGCGUUGGGAUCUGACAAAACCUCAGCCCCUUCAAAAUUCGACUAUAGGAACCAAGUAAAUAGCAUAAUCAUUAUUUUUGGUAUUAUUCGAUCGUAUUUUUUUUUCAUCAAAAGGAGGUUUAAUUUAACAUUACUGUUGCCGAAAUUGAGCAAUAGAGACUUAAAUUUUGAUCUCUCAUACAUUUCAGGUAGACUAGUGGUUUGAAAUGUAGCGUAGUUUAAAAAUUCAUUGUAAAUAAUAAAACUAUUGGCUUUCCAAUAUUUUGAGUAUAUUUGGAGGGUCUCGACUGCGCUGGAAAUAAAUAAAUGAAUAUUAUUGAA